AUGGCCACCAUCCGCUGCAUGCUUGCCGGCCCAGAGGAAGCCCCGACGUCUCUUGUCAAUUUCCUGCAAUACCCAUUCUGGAACUUUCAAGGAGAUGAAGGUGGCGGGAAUGGCGCACGCCUGACUGGUGAGCAACAGCAGUUCUUGAUCAGUCAGGCCAUUCGCGGCGGGGAAGAUAUCUCGAAGGGCAGCGUGUCUUUUUCUGUCUAUAUCACAUACCUUGAAGAGUAUCACCGUCGCAAUGUGCACGCAGUUACUACGGACACGAGCAUAUCUGCUCUCGCUGAGACUUGUCUCAGCAAUGAGAAGCAACUUGUAUCUGAGUUGAAGCUCCGGGUGACACGUGAACAGGAGACGAGCUUGAUGAUACGGAGAUCAAUCAUUCUGAGUUGCCUGAUCCAGGAGCAUGCACGUUCAGUGGUCCACACAGCAGAUUGCAGCUUUUCUGAUGUUUCUGGUGCGGCUUUGUUGUGUAUUGCCAAGGAGGCUGGCCUGACGUGUGAGUUGCUGAGGCGUGGCGCUGAUCCCAUUGAUGAUUAUUUAAUCAACCAGGGCAGAGUGAUACGCUUGUGUGCCUUGAGCCUAAUGAACUGCACUUCUGUUUAUUCCUCUGCUGCUAUGUUGGGUAUGGCAAAGGAGGCCGAAAUGAUGUGUAUGUGGAUGCUUAAAAAUAACAAGCCUGUUUAUUUCUAUGAUGAUCCCAUACCUCGUGAGAUUCGGGACAGACACAUAGUCCGGUCCGGUACCUUGAAUUUUAUGGUCAGCAUACUAGAAAAGUCUUCUGCUGAGCACACGAUUGAUAAGGAAGAACCUGCUAGUAGAAGUGGUCCUCGUGGUGAUGGGUAUGGCAUUGCUAUUGAUGGAGCAGCAAACACCACAAGGGGCAGCAUGGAAGAAGAAGGUUUUUUGGAGAAACUAUGGGGUUGGGAAAGGCUGGUCCCACUAUGCAGUUAUGUUAAGUGGUCUGACUAUGGCAGAUAUCUUGAGGAGUAUUACAAACACAAUGCUAAUGAGUUUGUUGCUGCUGCUGCUGCUGCCAAGAAUCCACAAAAUACCAAUACUACUGAUAUGGGUGCAGCUGUUGCCAAAUUUUGUCUCAAGAUGGAGGAGGAACUCCUGCGGUGUAGCCUGGAUGACACCAGCACUAUCAUUGAGAGUAGCCUGAUCAAGGAACGUGCACUUAAAAUCUGUGGCACCAGGGAUAUUCCUUCUAUUGUUGCUUUUGUGUGUAUUAAAGAGGAGGCUGACCUGAUGUGUGAACUGCUGAAGCAUGGUGCUAAGCCUUCUGAUGACAUCAUCCAGCUGAGCAGCGUGAUCCGCAUGUGCGCCUUGAGCCUUGUGUACCUCAGAGAACCCCAAUCUAUUGCUUCCGCCGCUGCAAUGGUGGGUAUGGCAAAUGAGGCUAAAAGGAUGUGUGAUUGGAUGAAGAGAGAGAACAAGCUUAUUACCUUAAGCUUGUCUCAGCCUCGUGAGCUCUACAGGAGUUGCUUGAUCCGGAUGAAAGCCUUGGAUGUUAUGACCAGAAUGUUGCAUGGGUGUUUCUUUUCUUCCUCCAAGCAAAAUACUGUUCGCACUGCCGCUACCUCGGGCCAUCCUAAUGCUCUUCCAGAAGAAGGCGCCAGCUCCCAGGCUUCAGUCGAAGACUCGCCCAAGCGCCGACCCAAGCCCAACAAACCUGAUGCUGUUCCAGAAGAAGGCGCCGGCUCCCAGGCUUCAGUCGAAGACUCGCCCAAUCCCAAGCGCCGGCCCAAGCCCAAUAAGACUUAAGCUAGCCCAGAAUGGGAAGUCUAGCUAUAAGAUGUAGCGACUAUUGAGUACGUCUGAGUCUGUAUCGAACAAGAAACUCCUGAAUUCAAACCGAAUCAUUCCUCCUACCUGCUCCUUCCUCCCUGCUCUCUAUUCCCCAUUGCUCGUGCUGCUAACAAAUACUCACCGUAGCUGUGACUAAUUUUUCUUUUUUUCCCCAGCCUUUUCAUUUCUGGACAUCUGUUAUUGUAUUUGUACUGGUUCACAUACUAGUCAUGUUUGGCACAAUGUUCUUGUC